AUGUUCCAUAAACUAACAAGUGCCUAUGAAAAAUUAAACGACGAAACGCUUGAAUUCAAUCAAAAACUAGUGCAGAUGAUGAAUGAAACAUUAGGUCCUGGUAUUGGUGCAGUUGAUGAAUAUAAUGAAUGUAUGAAGUCAACAGCUCGCACUUUAAUAGAUUAUGGUCUUGAUCAAUUAAUUGAACAUAUUGAUGAUGACGAAAAUGAACCUUCUUUCGACUGA